AUGAAGCGAAACGGCCUUAAAAUAGAGUCUGAGAGAGAGAGAGGGGCAAACAUCUACCGGUGGGGAAUACGAGCCAGAACCCUCAACCACGAGAAGAGAGCACCAGGAGUUCAAGUUAGUCAACAUGUCUGUGUUUAUUGUGAAUUCUCCUUCGUGUGCACUGUGGAAAUCGAAGAAGCCUGGCCCUGGGUUUAUUAAACCACCGACAUCACCGAAGCAGCAGGUUCCCAGAAGCAGCAGCCGCAGAAAAUUGUGUUUGGGGAACGGCAAUGGGAUUAAGGCGUUUUUCUUCAAUCCCAACGAAGAACCCAUCCUCAGAGAAGCGCUUAAGGAGCCAGUUGCCUUCAUGGGAGGGAUGUUCGCUGGUCUUUUAAGGCUUGAUUUGAAUGAAGAUCCACUCAAGGAUUGGGUUUCAAGGACUGUGGAAGCCACUGGAAUCACCGUGGAAGAAAUUGUUGCUGACGGGUUAAAACCAGCGGGAGAAGCCCCGCUACAGAUUGAGAUUGAAUAACAUUUCAUACUAUGUACACUUGGCUCCCCUGUUUUGUAAUCAUGACCCAUUGAAAUGAGUUAUACUGGCAACUCACCUCAUAUACUUCUUUGACACAAUGAAUCAGACUGCCUGCGGAUUCAUUGCAA